AUUUGACUGAGCGUGUUCACAAGCAACUUCCAAUAGAUUUUGCAUUACAACGAGAAAGUCUACUUCACUUUGUUUAUAUCAUCUUAACCUACAAGUGGAGACAGAGGUCACUGGUGGCAAUACAAAUUUCAAAGUUUUCGGGAUGUUCGAGGCUAGGCUUACACAGGCUGAUAUAUGGAAGAAGGUCAUUGAUGCCAUAAAAGACCUCGUACAAGAAGCGACUCUUGAUUGUACAGAAAAUGGUAUCAGUUUACAAGCUAUGGAUAACGCACAUGUGAGCUUGGUGUCGUUGCUUCUGCGAAGUGAUGGCUUUGAGACUUACAGAUGUGAUAGGAAUCUGUCAUUGGGCCUGAACAUCACAAGUGCGUCUAAAAUUCUACGAUGUGCUAGUGGGAACGAUGCAAUCACUUUAAAGGCUGGAGACAAGGCGGAUACACUGACAUUUGUUUUUGAGUCAAAGUCCCAAGACAGGUCAUCGGAAUUCGAGAUCAAAUUAAUGGAUUUAGAUGUUGACCACCUGGGUAUUCCUGAUACUGAUUAUAAGUGCAUAAUUCGGAUGCCUUCCGCACAGUUACAACGGAUAUGUCGAGACUUGAGCCAAAUAGGAGAUUCCGUCGUAAUAUCAGUUGCUAAAGACGGUGUUUCCUUCAGCUCAAACGGUGAUUUAGGUACUGGAAAUGUGAAGCUUUGCCAAUCUGCUAACGCUGACAAGCCCGAGGAGUCUGUUUCGAUAGAAAUGCACGAGGCUGUCAGCAUGACUUAUUCUUUGCACUACUUCAACAUAUUCACUAAAGCCACUCCACUCUCUAGCCAAGUUGUAUUAUCUCUUACUGAGAACGUCCCUGCAGUUGUGGAGUUUGGUAUUGAAGACCUGGGUUAUAUCCGGUAUUAUUUGGCACCGAAAAUUGAAGAUGACGCCGACUAGGAUAAAUAAACUAAACUCACCAGACUAUUUUUCUACUUUUUGUACAUCACAAUAAAUGUAAGAUUUCUUAAAUAUGAUCCGUGUUUUUAAAUUUGUUGUCAUCUCAAGUACUUUUGCUUGUUUGGAAAAGCAGUGUUCAUUGUUGUAGCCCUCACUGUUUCUUCCUAAAUGCCAUGUAAAAAUUUCACCAAUCUAAAUUUCUUUUCGAACCUUAUAUUCUGUGUCUAAUCUUUUCUAAUACCUAUAAUAUCACUACCCUUACUACUCGGGGGUUUGCUUCAACAACUUCAUUUCACUGUGCCAAUCGGGCAUGACAAUUGGAACCUAAGUAAACACGUGCCAGGUUCUACAUUGCAUUUGACGGACUAAUUAUGACCUUGGUGUUGUCCAGCUACAAAUAUUUUAUCAAUUCUCGUAUGUGCUAGGUAUUAUUAUGUCCUCAUACAUCUUCACUGUGAUUUAUUCCUAUUAAAAUACAAGUAUUUAUAAGUAGUGACUGUAACACUUGUUUGUAAAUGAUCUACCUGGUGUUUUUAAAAUGAAUAAGUUAUUGAUGACUCGUGUAUCGACUUUUAUCAUCCUAGUCCUUUGUAGAUGUUUUAUCGGAUAUAAUUUUUAACUUUUUGUUUUGUGGUUGCCGGAUCUUAGUUAUAUCCGUCUUUCCUUUGGAGGCUGGAGAUUAAAAAUGUAUGAUUAAACUCUUCUGUCAUCACUAAUCUACAUUUGGCUUUUUAAGUUACUGGCAGAUUGUUGCUGAUUGCGAGUAGCUGAUAAAUUCAUUUUGAUGGCGUAAACUAACAACUGAAGGGGUAAUGCUCGUUCGUUCGG